UAAGUAAAUGCAAUUUAAAGUGAAAAGCAAAAAUAUGUUGCAGCAGAUGAAUCACUUUGUUUACUUUUUAAAAAAAUAUAUACAUUCCAAUCCACAGGUGGUGAAGCAGAAUGUUACGGGCCUACAGUGGAUGGCCAGUGAAGCCUGGGCUACAGCCAUUAAUCUACAGACCCCCAGCUACAUGCCUUUUCUUGCAGGCACUCUGGGCAUUGCCAUCCGCCGGGGAGAGAUACCAGGCCUCAGGGAAUUCCUUCUGAGAAUACGCCCUGACAAUGACACACUCAGCACCCAGGACAACAAUUUAGUACGGGUUUCAUUUUAGAUAUAUUCAGAAUCAAAUAUCUUGUAGGAAUACUUUUAAAUGUAUGUGUGACCAAUAAAUGAUUCUUAUGUUUGUUUAUGAUCCCCCUUAUCAUAAAUUCCCCUUCAUUAGGUGAAGCAGUUUUGGGAGCACAUAUUUCAGUGCAAGUUUGUAUCUCCUGGAAUGGAGUUUGAAGGGCAGACUCAGGAAAGACUGUGUACAGGGAAUGAGAUUCUAAGGAAUGUAGACACUGAAUACCUCGAACUGUCCAACCUCAGGCCAGAGUACAAUGUGUACAAGGCAGUAUAUGCCCUGGCACAUGCCCUACAUGACCUUCUGCAGUGUGUUCCAGGGAGUGGGCCUUUCAAAGGUCAAAGCUGUGCCCGUUUACAGGGACUAGAGCCAUGGCAGGUCUGUUUUCAUUAAAUUCAAUAAUGAAAAUGAAUUGACAUUUUCCCAUGAUUUUAAAUAAUGUUCAUUUGAGAACUCAAUAGUAAAACAUACUUUUUUUCACUAUUUACUCCUCAUUCCUACCAUACAGCUUAUAUAUUACAUGCAAAAGGUCAAUUUCACAACAGAUUUUGGUGAUCAAGUCUCAUUUGAUGAAAGUGGGGAUGUUUUACCAAUCUACGAUGUGAUGAACUGGAUGUGGCUCUCAGAUGGAAGCACAGAGGUUAAAAAUGUGGGUGAGGUCAAAGAAUUGGCUUCAGAAAUAGAUGAUCUUAUCCUUAAGGAUGACCAAAUCUUUUGGAAUUUUGAAUCUAAAAAGGUCUGCUGACAAUCUAUCUAUUAUCCUUGACAAGUUGAAUUUGUCAUAGUAUGAAAGGUGGAAUAUUUUUAAAUGCAAUCAACUUGUUCCUCCCUUAGCCUCCCAAGUCAGUGUGUAGUGAGAGCUGUCCCCCUGGCACUCGCAUGGCCAUAAAGAAAGGUGAACCUGUCUGCUGCUUCGACUGCAUUCCUUGUUCAGAAGGAAAAAUAAGCAAUGAGACAGGUUUGUUUGCAAUAAAUGUAUUUCUUUACUGCAAAUCAAUUGCACAUAUAUUGUCAAACGCAAAGACUAAAACUACUUUUGUUAUUUUAUGUUAGAUUCAACACAAUGUACCAGCUGUCCAGAGGAGUUUUGGUCCAACCCCCAACGUGAUCACUGCGAACCCAAAAUCAUCGAGUUUCUUUCGUAUAUGGAACCCCUGGGCAUCUCCUUGACAACUGCUUCAUUAUGUGGUGCACUUUUAUGUUUAAUUGUUUUGGGAAUCUUCAUCAAUCAUCGGACCACGCCAGUAGUUAGGGCCAACAACUCAGAGCUCAGUUUCCUCAUUCUGCUGUCACUCAAAUUAUGCUUCAUGUGCUCCUUGCUUUUCAUUGGUCACCCAAGGCUGUCGACUUGUCAGUUGCGGCAAGCAGCCUUUGGGAUCAGCUUUGUGCUGUGUAUUUCGUGUAUCCUUGUGAAGACCAUGGUUGUUCUGGCGGUAUUCAAGGCCUCCAAACCAGGUGGUGGUGGUAGUCUGAAGUGGUUUGGGGUAAUGCAACAGAGAGGGACUGUUGUAUUUCUUACUUCAAUACAAGCAGCAAUAUGUACAACCUGGAUUAUGUCGUCCUCACCAACACCUCAUAAAAACACACAGUACUACAAAGACAAGAUAAUAGUCGAGUGUUUAGUGGGAUCGACAGUUGGAUUUGGAGUUUUACUAGGAUAUAUCGGCUUACUGGCUAUUCUAAGUUUCUUAAUUGCUUUCUUGGCCCGGAAUCUACCAGAUAACUUCAAUGAGGCCAAGUUUAUCACCUUCAGCAUGUUGGUCUUCUGUGCUGUUUGGGUAGCCUUCAUCCCAGCUUAUAUCAACUCUCCUGCAAAAUAUGCAGAUGCUGUAGAGGUGUUUGCCAUUCUAGCUUCCAGUUUUGGGCUGUUACUGGCCCUAUUUGGACCAAAGUGUUACAUAAUAAUCCUGAAGCCUGAGAAAAACACAAAAAAAGCUUUAAUGGGGCGAGGAAAACCAAUAUCAUAAAAACAUGGUAUCUGGCAAUCCUUUAAAAAGAAAAUAAUUAGUUGAUGAGUAGAAUUACUACACUACCUACCUUCUAUUUAAAGUUCAUUUUCAAUUGUAGUUUGAAAUCAUUACAGAUCUCAAAU